AUGGCAAUGACUGCUUCCCAGCCAGUCCUCCACAUCGGAGUUUGGGACAUCAUUCUCGAGCAGCUUGCUGCGGCAGGGGACCAUGGUACUCUGGCAAAUUGCACUCGUCUCAAUAAGGAAUUGUCUGAGCUAGCUUCUCGACACCUCUACAGUGCUCAGUUUUGUCCUCCCCGGUACUGGGGAGGAGAUGCUACAGAAAGCCUUUGGGCGAAUCUGUCUGCCGACAUGUUGGUUUGCGAGCAGCAUCCAGACGCGAACGAGGCCUUCCCUGCUACUUACCACCCAUACCUGCUCUAUAUACGCCAUCUGAACCUUCUCAACUUCCUCUCAGUCCACGGGUGCAGACCGUUCCCCGACCAGCGGUUCGUUGCUGUGAACCGUGAGGCUGCCCAGCAGAGCCCCGGGUCCACGACCGAUCAAAGCAUUGUUGCGGCGAAUCAUAUCACUGCCGAAACCCCGAGCAUCGGAUGCUUUGGAGAGCGCCUCCUCCGUCAGCUGGCUCAAAUGUCCAAAGAGAAAGGCUUGAACGUCAUGCUCAAGAGCUUGACGGCAGACUGGUGGCAGAAUGUCCGGCCAGUCAUUCAUACCUUUAGGAAGCUGGAGAGUCUCUCUCUUGUAUUUCUCGAUGACUUGGACAAGUCUGCAGCCGAGUUGAUCACGACACACCUACCAAUGUUGACAAGCAUUUCAGUAGUACAGGCUGAUGACUCUGAAAUUGCUUCCUUUGCAGACUUCGUCUCGAGGCUGCCGCCGACUCAGCUGCGUUCGUUCGACUGCUCCCUUAAUCAGACGCAGAUGCCACUUUUGGAAGCAAUUGCGCAGCACACUUGUCUCCAGGAACUAACUUUGCAAUUCGUCGUUCGCCCUCCUUUCGAGUUGUAUCGACUGUUUGAGCUGACAAACUUGACAUCACUGACCCUCAGCUUCAACUACCAGCCGUCGCCUCAAAAUCGGUCGAGAUUCAAGAGAUGGGCAGAAGAGAACCGCGGCAAGGUUACAGACUGGCUCAAAUCUUGCCAGGCUCUUCGCAGUCUCCAUCUCUUCCGCUUUCCAGACCUCGUUCCCGCGGUUGCUGAUGCUCUUCCCCACCUACAUCUACGCAGAUUACGCAUUUUCUCGACGGGAUGCUACGAAGGCUUCUAUGAAGCACUUGAGACGCAGCAGCUUGAGUAUCUCUUCUUAGCCGAGUGCUCCGAAGAAGGCCUCGUCAACCCUACUUCAAGGUCGAAAGAACGAGGCGAGCUCGUCAUGAAAGCAGUGACAGCCAUGCCGUGUCUUCGGGAUCUGCGACUGCACACUUACUCCACCCUGGACUGUAGUGCGCUCGAUAACAUUGCCAAACAUGUACCGAAGCUCCAAACUCUAUCUUUCGUCUGCCGAAAGGGUGAGAACUCGACCUGGACACUCCGCGCUCUCGAAGGCUUCAAACACCUCACCAGCCUAACAGUCCUGGGCCACACCAAGUUCUCGUCGCGCGAGAUACUCUACUGGGUCAGCUACAUGCAUUGCCAUCAGCGCCCCGGCGGCUUCAGGCUGAGCCUUCCUGCACAAGAUCCGCGGUCUUGGUACCGAGGAAUGAGAGCCCCGGCCCAGAUAGUGCCUUCCACCAACGACCCGGCGACGGCAACUCUGAAGCAGGUGUUAAAGUGGCUGGCCGUAUUUGGAAGGGAGCGCCACUGGCGGGGCAAUGACUAUGAGGCUGAAGAAGAACGCAUGUUUGUACAGCUUUGGGGCGAUGCCAGGGGCCCGGCUGAGGGGCUGCAGCUUCUCAGAGGCUCAGGGCCGUAUGCGCCGUGGUCAGGCUUGAUGCAUAGCACAGGUCUGCCUAUAGCUUGGAGGAGCUUUAUCUAA